AGAGAUUUGGUCAUACAAAGGCCUUUUGUUCCUGGCCAACAGCAGAGUAGCAAUAGGAGCAGGUUGGCUAACUGGAGGUGGGGAGAUGAACCUUUUGUGACAUUUUUAACGGACCCUUUGCGGAAGCCCCUUCGGGGUUUGGUUUACCUUUCCUAGCUCUUAGCCAAGAAGAAUUAGAAUGGACAGUGAAAACAAUUCAGAUGGACAGGGGAAGCCACCCACAACUUCCCUUCGCAAUGUCUUCAACAGUUUCUUUAACCGAGACAAGUCUGCCUCCUCAGUCAAAGGGUCGGCAGUGCUAACAUCUUUUAGGGAUCUUCCAGAUGGUGAGACCUCUAUGUCUGAAGAUGCUCACACGACGAAUAGUGAGAACAAAUCAGAAGGGAAAGACAAUACACCUGAGGAGGAUUUAUCUGCUUCCUGUGAUUCAGUGUGUGAGGCUGUAGAGGUGGAAACAUCCAAUCACAUUAUUGACAGUGUUAAAGCAGGAGCUGGAGCUGCAUCUGACAUAGACCUAGUCCAAGUCACCAGGGUUGAAACUUAUAGUGACACAGAAAAUGAGGAUGAGGAGUCAGACCUCAACAGCAGUCUUUCAGAGAAGCCCUCCAGGAUUAAGGACCCCAUCAUCCCUGAGGAGGAAAAUAAAACAGUGGAGAAUGGAGAUGGAAAUGAACCUGGAGAUGCUGCUAAGGCAGAGGCAGAGUAUCAUGUGCCUGUGUUUAGAACUUAUGAAUUUAAGGAAAGAUCCCGGGUAGAAACUAUUCUAUAUUCAGGCAGGUCUUUCGGCAGAAAAGACUCGGGAACACGUCAGGUAUUGUCAGUUUUCAAACAAAAAGGUGGCAGCAGUGCUAAGAAGAGCUCCAACGCUGUACUUGAGGAUGCAGAAGCAUUACACACUGAAGGGAAAAAUAGUCACAGUGUAGGAAUAGAUGAAAGUGAGUAUGAUUGUAUAGACUGUUCUCUGCCUAUUCCCUCCAUCAUCUCUGGACAUUGUGCUUUGGAGGCUACUAGCCACAAUGCUGCCCCAGCAUCUCCUGUUAAAGAUAACUUAGAUAAUUUACAGAAGCAGGAUGAACAAAGGCCUGAAACAAAGGAAAAUAAAGAGGAGCUUCAAUCUACCCAGGUACCCUCUUCUCCUUUCUCCAGUUCUAAGACUCCUGAAGUUUCAGCCCAAUCCUCUUCCAGCUCAGAGAAACAGACAGACACUGGCGGUAUGACAACUUCAGAGCUGGAAAAUAUUUCAUCUGCAUCUGAAGAGGCUGCUAUUGUCACUGAGGGAAGUUUAACUCCCGUCUCAAAUUGUGAAACUCCUUCAGCAUCACCAGAAAAAGCUAUAUCACCUCCAUCACCAUCCAUCGCCUCCUCCUCUCCCUCUCCCUCUCCCUCUCCCUCUCCCUCUCCCUCUCCCUCUUCCACCUCAUCCCCAUCCAAGGGCCCAGGGCUCUCUUCACCUCCUUCCUUCCAGAUGCCUGCUCUCUUCAGUGGUUUGCGAGUGCUAAAGAAAGGAGCAGCAGGUGAAGACAGGGAGACAGUGUCAGAAAUCAAACAGAGGGAAAAGGACGCUGACCUGGCCCUGCUCAACUUAAAGAAGACAGUAAACAAAGCCAAGCUCUUCCCUGAACAAAAGACAACCACUCCAGUCAGAAAACAAGCAGAGCCCAAGCCGGUUGCAGAAACUAAAACCUCAGUCAUGGGUCAGCUCAGUCAGCUCCUUAACUUAGACGGCAACAAUGACAACAAAAAGCCCGAUGAAGGACAGGAUUCAGGUCCUGAACACCAAAGACAACAUGAGUCUGAAGAUACAGAAGAAGAUGCGGAAAAGAAAACUUCGGACAGAGAGACCACUGCAACGCCACUUGUAAUAAGGAAGACGUCAGACUUGGCCUAUGAAACCUUCAGGAGCAUCUUUGGCCCCAAAACUCCAAAGAAGGAAAGAACAGAAGAUGUGGAUCUGGAGGCAGUGAAAAAGAAAAUCAAAAAUGACAAGGAAAGUCUGAAGUCCAUUUUUGAGAGAAGCGCCAAAUCUCCUGUCAAGGACCCCAAAAGUCCCACAGAGGCUAAUACAGAGGUCACAUCUCCUACAGACAGUGAGGACCGAACUCCAGGGCGUCUUCAAGCUGUGUGGCCCCCUCCCAAACCUAAGGAUGAAGAAGAGAAGGUGGGGCUCAAGUAUACAGAGGCAGAGCACCAGGCUGCCCUCUUACAGCUGAAGAGAGAAUGCAAGGAAGAACUGGAGAGGAUGCAUUCAGACUUUGAACUCCAAAUUUUCCAACUGCGAGGUGAGCAGGCUGUUGCAAUAUCACACCUGGAAGGAAUUAUUGCAAAGAUGCAAAGAGACAAGUCAUACAACAUGUGUCAAGAGCGGGGUGAGGUCCGCGAUGUUGCCGUGUCAACUGCAGAUGACCCGACACACAAGACCUGCCGCACUGUGAGCAUCCAGACAGACAGGGAGACCUUCAUUAAGACCCCCGAUGGUGAGGGCAGCCAGCUCCCUCAAAGCCCAAACCAGAGCAUCCCAAAAAAACUUAACUUGGACUCUAUUGGGCUGAAUCUGGGGCAUAAAGCUGAAAAAUCUUCUGGAGGGACUGGUGGAGCUCCUCCACCCCCACCCCCACCCCCACCUCCACCUCCUCCGCUUCCCGGUUUCUCAGGACCACCACCACCUCCACCAUUGCCAGGCACCAUGGGAGCACUUCCACCACCCCCUCCACCACCUCCACUCCCAGGAGGUGGUCCUCCGCCGCCACCACCACCUCCACCUGGCCUACCUGGGCUCGGUCCACCUCCUCCUCCCCCUCCUCCAGGCUGUGGCCCCCCACCUCCACCUCCUAUGGGGGGUUUUGGUUUUGGACAGAAGACAGCAAAGGCCCCACGGAAACCUGCCAUUGAGCCAGCUUGUCCAAUGAAGCCCCUGUACUGGACCAGGAUACAGAUACAAGACAAUAACAACAACAGUUUGUGGGGUUCUUUGGAGGAACCUGACAUUGUCAACACCAAGGAGUUUGAGGAUCUUUUUUCCAAGGCCACUGUCCAGGCAAAGAAAAAGCCCCUGUCAGACACCUAUGAGAAGAAAGCCAAAACUAAGAAGAUUAUCAAACUUCUGGAUGGGAAGCGUUCACAGGCCGUUGGCAUCCUGAUAUCGAGUCUGCAUCUGGAGAUGAAAGACAUUCAGCAAGCUGUUCUCACUGUGGACAACUCUGUGGUGGAUUUGGAGACCAUUGAGGCUUUAUAUGAAAAUAGGGGCACCAGUGAUGAGUUGGAGAUGAUAAAGAAGCAUUAUGAGAAUUCCAAAGAGGAUGAGGUCAAACUGCUGGACAAACCUGAACAGUUUCUCUAUGAGCUCUCCCAGAUUCCUGACUUUGCAGGCCGAGCUCACUGCAUCAUCUUCCAGUCAGUUUUCCUCGAUACCAUCUCUUCCAUCCGUCGCAAGGUGGAGAUUAUCUCCAAUGUCUGCAAAGAGAUGCUAGAGUGCAAUAAUUUGCGAGUUAUAAUGGGACUGGUAUUAGCAUUUGGGAACUAUAUGAACGGAGGAAACAGGACGAGAGGCCAAGCUGAUGGCUUUGGACUGGAGAUCCUCCCUAAACUAAAGGAUGUCAAAAGCAGGGACAAUCGUAUGAAUCUGGUGGAUUAUGUGGGUUUAUACUACCUACGUAAUUUUGACAUGCAUGCAGGAACAGAGAAGAGUGUGUUCCCUUUGCCUGAGCCACAGGAUUUCUUCCAGGCUGGUCAGGUUAAGUUUGAUGACCUCACCAAGGACAUUAGGAAGCUGAAGAGAGAUUUGACUGCGUGUGAAAAAGAUGUGCAGAGGGUUUGCUCCAAAUCGUCAGAUGAACACCUCCAGCCCUUCAAAUCAAAGAUGGAGGGAUUUAUCUCUGGUGCUCAAAAGGAGCAUUCUGCGGAAGAGGACCGUCUUAAUGCAGCACAGAAAAGUUUCCAGGACAUGGUGAGCUACUUUGGAGUCAAACCAAAGCCAGGAGAGAAGGAAGUGUCCCCGAAUUAUGUCUUUAUGCUCUGGUAUGAAUUCUGCAAUGACUUUAAGAAUACAUGGAAACGACAAAGCAAGAACAUCUCCCAAGAGAGGUUGAAGGAAGCUCAAGAAAACAUCAAGAAGAUCACGGCAGAGAAAAGAGUUGAAACCAAGAAGAUCAAUGCCAACAGUCUGAAAGAGCGGCUCCGGCAGAAGGAAGCCAGCGUGUCAUCCAGCUGAGCGAAACGAUGAAUGACAAAACAGAAGAAGAAAUGAGGAUAGCUGGAGAUAACUGACCUUAAAGUGUGCAGGCCUCAUCCUUCCUGCAUUCACUACCUGCCUCAGUAACAGCGGCCUGCCCUCUGUGCCCUGUAAGGACUCAAAAUAAACUCUUACUACUACUCCCACUGCCGUAUCUCCAUCCUACUAACAGUACUGGAUGCGUCCUCGUCCCUUCACCACAACGUACCGCCCGUGCUCCGAGCCUUUAUUCGACACAACCCUGUAGCACUGAUAGAAGCUGGGCCUGCACAGAGGAUGCAUGGCUGACACAGCUGAAGUGAUGAGGGUCUUAAAGGCCAAAGGUUGACCUCAUUCAUCCAGCAUGGCGUGACCUCUGAGUGCCCAGCUUGUGAAAGGUCACAAGGGGUCAGUGGGAUUCCCAACAGUGCCAGCUGACACAUCCACACUGGAGAUCCUGCAGGAGGAGCUGAGAAUCCAUUCCUACGACAUAUUCAAAGAUGUGCAAACCCCACGUACUAGUCUGUGCAGUUGGAAGAUAUGGCCGCUUAGGUAUUUCUAUCGGUGUUGAUAAAACAAAUUGCCCUCAAAGCCGUGUAAAGGCAGUUCCCAGUGUCCUCUACCUUAGCAAAUAGCUUUUCAUUCACCAUGGCUCAUUAAAAGUCUUGUAAAUAUGCCAUGUUGUAGGAUCGGCAGGGACCGUGCAGUUUGUGUUGAUGAAUAUGAUCUAUAGUCAGUGCAGGGCUUCCAGAGCAGAUUAAGACAUGUUGUAUGUAAGUGUGUGUGUGUGUAUAUAAAUCUGUAUGUGCAGGAUUCAGUGUAUUCUGUUGCACCAGACUGACCUCUCCUGGGUGACAGCCAGGGAAGAGCAGAACAUGGCAGCAAACCUGGCUCCCAGCCUUGGCCCCCUCACACACACAAAUAUGUACUAUAAAAAAAAAAAAAACAGGCCAAGAUGAACAAAAUAAUAAAGAACAGAACAGGUUUUUGCCAUGUGCUCACUCACCUGAAAUAUGUAGUUUAUGCAAAAUUGUUAGACCCUCAUUGAGUGCUGUAGUACCUCACGUUGUGUACGGCACACUUUAAGCACUUUCCCGCUUGCAGUAGCUGUUUGUUGUAGCUCGCGAUAAGCCACACACCCCUGUUAUGCUACCUGUGUGCAUUUUUCACAUCGUAUUGCACUUUUUUGCACCUCUUUUCCUAUGCAAGGAUACGGUUUCUUUGUUGUAAAAUGUAUGGAUUGUAUUGCUUCAUGAUGAAAUGCUAUUAGAUAUUUUUAUUUCCAUAUAUGUAUUGAGCUUAAUGUUUUAUUUUCACAAAUGCUCCUGUGUCAUUGAAAAAAAAAAGUCUAUUUAUGUACAGAAAGAUUUUAUUUUAUGCCAGAAAAUAUCCGCUUUGUCCCUUUUGAGGUUGUAUUUUUCUUAGUUGUAAUUUGAUUAAGAAGCUGCCAGAUAGGUGGUACAGAUGAAAGAUAUAUUUUCACAUAGAUGUUACUUACACUGUUUGUUGAGGCAACAUUUGUGCCCAUUUAUAACGAACGUGCUAUAUGGAAAAGGGGUAAUGUACUUUGAAAGGAAAUGGUUCUAUUUUUUGUUUAUUAAAAUAGGAGAAAAGAGGGUUGUAUUGUAGUGUAGUAAGAACAUUUAAGCAUAUCACCUGAAGCCAUGUGUGUAGUUACAGAUACCAUAACCAAAGUAUGAUAAAUCUGCACAUUUUCCCUCCAAACUCCUUUACAUUGGCCAUUUAUUUUCUUUUUUU